CGCCCGGCCCGCGCACUUCUCGAGCCAACUUCCCCUCCCACGCCGCCACCGUCGCCCUCCGCAAGCCGCGUGCGUGACCCUCCCAUUCCGGUCGCCGUUCUCUUACCCACUAGCCUGCUUAAAACCUAACCCUAGCGCAUCAAACGAAGCAAGCAACCACCCAUGGACACGCCCGUGCCGAAACGGCCUCGCCUCGUGCCAGCACCGGCACCGGCGCCUCGGACAAUCGCCGACAUGGCCCCGGAGAUCCUCCUCCGCCUCCCUCCAGACGACCCCGCGCGCCUUAUGCGCGCCUCCCUCGUCUGCUGGCGCUGGCGCCGCCUCCUCACCGACCCGGCGUACCUCCGCCGCUACCGCGCAUUCCAUCGAACACCUCCCAUGCUCGGCUUCGUCCUCAACCUGAAGCAGCACUACCAAGGCAUGGCCCAGCUCGUCCCCACCUCCUCUUUCUGCCCCGCCGCCUCUGACCGCCCCGGCCUGAAUGUGCUGGACGCCCGCCACGGCCGCGUGCUCCUCCACACCGCUCAGGGCCAGCGCCUCGUCGUCUGGGACCCCGUCACGGGUGAAGAGUGCAAGAUCCCUCGCGUGCCGGCCUACGCGCUCGGCUUCAACGCGGCCGUGCUCUGCGCCGCGGUCGGCUGCGACCACCUCGACUGUCAUGGCGGACCCUUCCGUGUCGCCUUCGUGGGAUGCGGCGAACGCGGCAUCACGUUCGCCUGCACCUACUCGUCGGAGGCCGGUGCCUGGAGCCAGCGAAUUGAGGUCGAGCAGCCGGCGUUUGUUGACAGGCGACCGAGCGUCCUUGUGGGGAACAUGCUCUACUUCACCUGCGAUCCAUACCUCAAUUUCAAAAUGUUGGGGUACGACAUCGUCAGGCAGGAGCUGUCGGUGAUCUGGCCGCCGUCCCAGCACGAGUACUACUCUUGCACUGUCCUCGUGAAAGCGGAGGAUGGCAAGCUGGGGUUCGCCGGCGUGCGGAAUGGCACGCUCUACCUCUGGUCGAUGAAGGACGGCACCGACGGGAAUGUGGAAUGGGUGCAGCGCAGAGUUAUCCAGCACAAGACGAUGCUCCGCACUCGUGGCCUCUCGACACCACCUGAGGUCGUUGGCUUCGCGGACGGCCACGGACUCAUUUUCAUUAGGACAGGCAACACGGUGUUCUCCAUGGAUCUCAAGUCAGGCCAUGUCCGUAAGGUAUACACCUGCAGGUCAAGAAACUACGACGUCACCGUUGUUCCCUACAUGAGCUUCUGCACUCCAGAUCGUGCUAUGGGCAGACUGCCAUCGCCAUGAGGACCCACUGUCAUCCUGUAACAAGGACCUGCUGCUCUUGGCUUGUUGCAUAGAUGACGCUCCAAGUGUUUUGCUUCCAAGCUGGACUGUCUAAGUAGUUACCAUGGUCAAUGUUAAGGCCUGUUCGGAAGCUCUCCCGUCCCUUAACUCCGCUCUGCUCGAGGAGUUGGUUUCAAGCCGCUCCUUGCUUUUGUGCUGGCGCUCCUUCCGCUCUGGGAGCUGCUGUACGGGAGCGGAGAGGAUCCGAACAUGCCUUUAGUAUGUUUAGUUUACAGUGUGGCAGUUGAAACAAGGGAAAAAGUUAUGUAAUCGCGGUCAGUUUAGUAUGUUCUCUUUGCAGUUGUGAAGCUUAAGCAAGACAAUGAUGGUCAAUUAGUAUUUAGUAUUGUAUCUUUGAGUGUCUGGAUUGUGGCAACCAGCAUGAUCGUAGCAGAUUUACAUUCUGGUUUUCUUAGUGUCUGCUUAUUUCAUGCUUGGCAAGCUCAUGGCAAUUGAUACUCCAGAGUGAGUUAUAAUGCACAUUUGUUGAUCUACUCCA